GCAAAGUCAAGAAAUGGUACAAACAUGGACACCACCCGAUCUAUCACAACCUUGUGCUGUUCACAACAAUUUAACGACCUGUCAACCUUCGACAUUCUUGUUUUUGCAAUUAGUGGCGAAUUUGUUCGGGUAUUCACCGGACGCGAAGAACAAAUACGGAUACGAUUAUGACUUUAGUUCGGGAUUUGCUUCGUGGGAUUUUACAAACCCUUUCGAAAGUGCCAAACCUAAGCAAGAGGAGUACGACUUUAUUGUUGUUGGUGCUGGAAGCGCGGGAUGCGUUGUGGCUAACAGAUUGACAGAAAUCCAGCAUUGGAGGGUGCUGUUAUUAGAAGCUGGAGAUGAAGAACCACUGGUUGCAGAUGUUCCUGCAUUUGCUCCAAUGUUGCAAGGUUCCAGUAUCGACUGGAUGUAUGAGACCCAGCCUUCGCCACACAGUUGUCUUGCCAGGGAUGAGGGUAGAUGUACAUGGGCCAGAGGCAAAGUAAUGGGUGGAUCGUCAACCAUAAACUACAUGAUUUAUAUAAGAGGCCACCCAGAAGACUACGAUGAGUGGGAAUAUAUGGGCAACCAUGGAUGGUCGUAUAGAGAUGUUUUGCCGUAUUUCAAAAAAUCUGAGGAUAACAAAAACCACGAUCAUAAAAAAAUAGAUCCUCAUUACCAUGGUGUAGGUGGAUAUCAAACAGUAGAGUUUUUCCCUUACCAAGACAAGAACACUAUUGGAUUGCUCCACUCUUAUGAAGAAUUUGGACUACCAAAAGUUGAUCAAAACAGUGAGCAUCUCAUCGGUACUAUGCUGUUACAACACACCACCAGACACGGUGAACGAUUAAGUACAAACGGAGCUUUUAUAAGGCCUAUUAGAAAUAAAAGAAAAAACUUAACUGUAAGAACUAACGCCCAUGUUACACGAAUACUAAUAGAUCCAAAAACCAAGAAAGCGUACGGGGUAGAAUAUUUCAGUAAAGGAAAACUUGUUCAAGUAUUAGCAAAGAAAGAAGUCAUUUUAUCAGCAGGAAGUAUUAACUCACCAGUAUUAUUAAUGUUAAGUGGCGUGGGUCCAGCAAGUCAUCUGCAGGAAAACGACAUUAAAGUUAUUAAAGACUCUGCUGUUGGUUUCAAUUUGCAAGAUCACACCACGAUAGAUGGCGUUGUGUUUGCUUUAACCAAUCACACUUCUACAUUAGUGGAUGAGGACCAAAUGAAAGCAGAUGUGUACUAUUGGAAAAAGAAAAGAGAUGGACCGUUAGCAUCAACAGGUGCAUUACAAACAAACGCGUUUAUUCAGACGAAAUUUGAAAAUAGUCAUGAUAGACCAGAUAUUCAAAUUUCUAUUGAUUCGGUCAAUACAGAUAAUUUUUUCACUGAUCCUAUUCUCAGUUAUAAUACUGCUGUGUUACCGUUAGCUUACUACAGUGGCAUGAUGGCAAGACCGAUAUUACUUAAUCCAGAAUCAAGAGGAAGAAUCUUGUUAAAUCAUACCGAUCCUACUUUCGGCACUCCUCUUAUCUAUGCCAAUACUUUCUUUGAAGAAAUAGAUUUACUCAGAAUUGUUGAAGGAGUAAAACAAAGUCUAAAUCUCGAAAGGACCAGUUUCUUUAAACACGCAGGAAUACGACUUGUUCGAACACCUUUACCAGCUUGUAAACAUGUACCUUGGGGCACGGACGAAUAUUGGGCAUGUAUAGCCAUGGCUUACACCACUACUAUUUUCCAUCCUGUAGGGACAUGCAAAAUGGGACCUCAUCAUGAUGAAAGUGCAGUAGUUGAUUCUAAUUUAAGAGUACACGGCAUCCAUUCGUUACGAGUUAUAGAUGCCUCCAUUAUGCCUAAAAUUGUAAGAGGAAACACGAAUGCACCUACUAUAAUGAUAGCUGAAAAAGGAAGUGAUUUCAUUAAGGAAACAUGGUUGAAAGAAGAACACCAUGGCGAAAAAUAUCACACACCCCAAAGUAGUAUUAAUUCUUUGUUCGAUUUUGGAAAUUUCUUCGAAGUCAAUUUUUAAACCUCGGUAGCCGAGGUUGCCAUUAGGUAUAUUAACAUUAACAUGCCUUGUAGUCCAGUCGUAUUAGAUCAAAAAAUGCCUAACCUUGCUCGGCGAGCUAUGUUAAUUUUUAUUAUUUAAACAUAUAGUGGCAAAACAUACUAGUGUAAAUUUAAAAUCGCGACGGAAUUCCGCCGCCGCGUUAGCUGCCAUUUUGAUUUUAAUGGAUAACCGGUUUCGCUCCAAUUCUCCGUCAUUUUUAACUUUUCGACAAAAAUGGUAGGGACUGAAAUUUUGAAAUUAUUGCAAAUGCGAUUUUCUACAAUUUCUUUUUUGCAAUUUUUUUCAUGCAACAAUUCUUCGUAGGCAUUUGAUAAAAAAAAGACCUACAGUUUAUCUAUAAGGGUUCUGUUCCUUUCACGUUGAAGAUCUAUGGAGUAGAACGGUCUUGACAUUCAAUUGGAAUAGUAGGAUCUUUGUCAUUGUGUUAUAAUAGUCGGACCUCCAAACGGAGUUGAGAAUGCUAAACCUUUGCUAAGCUUUUCGUAUUCUCGUACAUGUUCUCUUCCGUGCUUUGGUUUACUCAUAUGGCACUUCCAAGUUAUGUAAAAUUGCAUUGAUUCUCAUAAAUUUGGUUUUAAUUCAGUCAAUUUGUACUCUACGAGCCCCCUAGUGGGAAAGUUUUGGGGUUUUUCUGAUUUCUUUCAUUAUAGGUGUAGGUAUUUUGGGCUGCUGAAUCCGAAUAUGAGAUUUGCGGACAAAAUUUCGUGACGGAACAUUGAGUAAAUCGUGAAAAAAGCGAAAAAUUUCUGCUUUUUCCCACUUUUUUGCUUAAACCUUGAAAACUAUUAUUUUUUAGUAAAUGGCCUCUUUACAGAAAUUAAAGUAAUUAAAAUUAUUUACAAACACCACUAUUUAACAAACUUACUAAGGAAGUAAAACUUCGCUAGUAGGUAAAUGGUAUAUAAAUUUUUAUUAAAAUUUUAUCUAAAAUGAUCCAAAUUGGAUAAAAGUGGGUACAUCUAUAGUACAAAAUCACACAAACGUUUUCGGACCAAUCAGUCCAUCAUCAGGUGGUAGAAACGUAAAAUAAACAAACCACUGCAUUAAAAAAGGCCAAGAUGAAAUUUUGACUGUUUGAAAGUUAGGAAAAUUAGAACAUGUGGUUACUUACUUAAGAUCCAAAGUAGUUGGAAAUAGCUACAUAGAUAGGUCAAAAGACCUUCAUUUUACAAUAAUUAUGCCAUUUCGGCUACAACAAUGUCGACAAUAAGUCGAUGUUAAAAGGAUUUAAAAAUGCAGCGUUAUUAUAAUGUGGUCUUCAUCUUGGCUUCAAACUGACAGACUGAAAUAUGACAUUAAACGAAAAUUGACAAGACGUUCUAGGUAGGGAAUUUUAUGUGUAUGCAGUUAUUUUGUAUUUUAGAAAUGCAAAAAUAUUAUUACUUAAAUAAAUGAUUUUAAUUAAACCACUAUUUACUUUUUUGAGACGAAGCUUUCGGUCUAAAGUGCAAGUUGAAAAUUGCCAAUUUUUAACGGUCUCUGCAAAACCCACUUUUUACAUUUCAAAACUUUAUUUUUUAUUAGAAUACUGUUAUUUUAUAAAUUUCUUCUAGUUUACAAAUUAAAUUAAAAUACAAGAUGUUGUAUAAUAUAAAAGUAUAUGAGCCGUUGUCUUUUAGAAAGUCCUGGCUGUGGUUCUCCGGUGGCGAUGAGUCCCGAUGUAUUCUGCUUGUUCUGGAAAAUAAAAUACAUGAUGUCAGUUCUAAAGGAGAGAUGACGAUUGCAAAAUAGAUUGUGAGAUUAACCAUAACCUACCUUUCGCAUUUUGCUGAGGUUCUUCGAUGUCAUCAUUUCCUGGCUCAGGGUCUGAUUGCUCCAUCGUCAGCGUCAGUGGUCGUUGUCUUGGAAAAUAAAAGAGGUAGUGGGAUAUUGACCUGUAAUCAUAUUAUAUCAAGGAGAGAUGAAUGAUUCCGAAAUAACUUGUGAGAUUAUAUAUAUACCUCUGUCACUUUCUUCAGUCUAAGAAAUAGACCGUAGUAGUGAGUUUGGUGCAGGAUCCAAAGUGGUUGGCACUAGCACGAGAUCACUAGUAGUUUUUUUCCAACUCCCUCACUUGGAUCUUUUUGUUGCUCGUCACGUGUGGCUUGAUAUAAAGAAAACCAUUACUGCACCUGAUAGUAAACUCUAAGUGAAUGUUCUCGUGUAGCAGAUUCGGUAGGGGGUAAUGAGGCAAUGUUGGUCUUACUUUUUUAUGAUGAAGAUACGUAUUGUCUCUUAUAGUAACCCUUACAAAGGUUAUUGGCUAGCUCAGCCUGGCGUAGAUCUUGUGCUGUGCAAAAUCAAUCACUUUUUCAAGGAUCUAAGGGAGGUCAAUCAAUAAAAUUCAAAAAUAACUUCACAUAUUCGUAAACUAAAUCACAUACGCAUUAUUGCUAUUUUAAGAGGAACAUUAAACUUAUUAAUAAAUGAAAUUAAUCGUCAACGAAACUAAUUGUUCAGUAGCACUUUGCUAACGUCUGGCUUCAGGAGGGCUACCUGCAGGCCACUAAAGCCUGCUUUAUUGGCUCUAAAUUCCUUCCUUUGUUAAUCUUUUCAGUACGAUGAUCGUGAGAAUUUUGUUUAUAAAGGAAAGAAAGGUUGUUCCUCUCCAGUUUCUGCAGAAUAUGGGUUUUUAAGAAGAUCUUUAGUGUUCCCUUUUUCCAGCCUUCUGGGAUGUGGUUUAUUUACCAUAUCUCUCUGAUUAUGUGGAGCAAAACAGGGAGUUAGAUGCGGAUCAGCCUUUAGAAAUUUAGCAGCAAUGCUGUCGGUUCACGGGGUUUAUUAUUUCUCAACGGUUUGAUAACUGUUACUGUCUCCAUUUUGGAAGAAUCUUCGCAAGGUAUAUGCAAGUUUACCUUCUCCGAGUUUUCGACAAUUUCAUCUAUGUUAUCUCUUAGCGUUCCUAGCAUUUUCUGGAAAUAUUCUUUCCAUUCUCUGCUUUCUUACCUAUUGUAAGUGAUUCCCCUGUAGGGAAUAUUACAAUGUUCGAACUGUUGAACUCAUUUUUUGUUAGUCGUCUAGUUAUUGGAAUUAUGAAUAUGUUAUGUGAAGGCUGGUGACCGUAAAAGUAAUUAAAAGAUUGGAAAGAAUGAACCAAUGGCUGCACGAAACUUAAAGAGAGCUCCUGAAUAAGAGUUUUAAUAAGAAUUUGUAAGAGUUUACCUAAAUUUAGUAACAAAGUCUGUAAAAAUAUGUUACGCAAUGCAAGGUAAAAGAAAGUUAUUUAUGUUUCUGUGUAUUUCUAUUAUUAUAAAUAAAUCAUUUCAUUUCCUUAAUAA